CCCGGCACAUGUAUCCCGGCAGGUGAGCGACCAAGUAACAAUUAUGGCGAUCUCACGAACUCAGACAACUACUCUGCGUCAUGAAAAAGGCGGUGACGUCAUGGAUGAAAAUGAUAAAUUGGGAUUAGACUCAGCUGAGACAUUUGUCGGCAGGGAUUAUAAAAUAAACGGCCACCCAUGGCCAUAUAGAGCCAAAGGGAUUAUCCUUUUUACACUUCUUCACAUAGGAGCAGUUAUAGGCGUUUGUUGCCUCCAUCAAAUCAAACUUCUUACGUGGAUAUUUGGCUGUGUACUGCACGUGUUCUGUCAGAUCAGUAUCACGGCUGGUAACCAUAGGCUGUGGGCCCAUCGGACAUACAAAGCCAAACUUCCACUCCGUAUAGUCCUGAUGAUCGGCCAGACUACCACCGUACAGAACGACAUUUUUAAAUGGGCUCUUGAUCAUCGUGUCCACCACAAGUAUACAGACACAGACGCUGACCCUCACAACGCCAAGCGCGGAUUCUUCUUCUCACAUAUUGGCUGGCUUCUUCUUAACAAGCUUCCGGAGUUUAACGAGAAAAGUAAAAACAUCGACGUAUCCGACUUGCUGGCUGACCCGGUCGUCACAUUCCAAUUAAGGUACUACACCGCCCUCUGUACAAUGUUUGGAUUCGUGAUGCCUGCUCUCGUCCCCUGGGGAUUAUGGGGUGAGGACUUUCUCGCCGCCUUUUUCACCGCCGGGAUACUUCGCUGCGUAAUAGGGCACCACACGACGUUUCUCGUGAACAGUGCUGCGCAUGCCUGGGGAAACAAACCAUACGACAUCCGCAUUGAUCCCGGAGAAAACAUCGCGGUUAGUGUGCUGACAACUGGAGAAGGUUUUCAUAACUUCCACCAUGUGUUUCCACAGGACUACCGCACGAGCGAACAUGGGUGGAGAUUUAACCUUUCUACAGCUUUCAUAGAUACGAUGUCAGCCAUUGGCCAGGUCACAGAUAGGCGUUACGUAUCAGAUGACGUCAUCAGGAGGAGGCAAAAACGAACCGGUAAUUUGAUGACUUCGUCGAAGUGACAUUGAUUGUGUGAUAGUGCUGGCUGGAAACACUGAAUGUGACGCGUAAACGUGUUUAGGUAGUGGCUGUUACAGUCUUUAUUGUUAAGUAUACGAACUGAGACCGCUCCAAUAAUACACACGCAGUGUCUGCAUGUAUACUAAGUUGUACGCAUCUUCCAACAACCCAGGUGGAGUAGAAAUGGUGUGGGUUGGAUGUUGUGGUAUCUGUGUUGUAGCAUUCAAGUGAGGUGG